AUUCUCUUCUUAACUUGGAGGAUCAUUUAUAUGCAGCCUUCUCAUACUUUGACAAAGACGAGAGUGGAUACAUCACUCAGAAUGAGCUCCAACAGGCCUGCCAGCAUUUUGGCUUGGAAGAGAAUUCGCGAAGUUGAUAACAACAACGAAGGGAGCAUUGACUACUGCAUUGAGUUUGUAGCCAUGAUGCAAGACACUGAUUUUGGGAGGAGGCACAAAGUAUAACUUAAGUCUAGGAUUCAAAGAAAGGACAAUUUAAGAAUGGACACCUGAUUUUGUUAUUCCGAGACUGCAAAGUCAAAAGAUCAAAUGAAUGUUCUAACUAGAU